AUGUCGGAAAAAAGCAGUCGAUCAGUGGGUGGGAAAUCAGACAAAAGCGAUAAAAUGCAAUCCAAUGAAAAGGAAAGAGAAACCAAAAGGAGGAAGGGGAGAAAGAAGAAAUGGAUAUUGAUAAGGAAGAAAGCAGUACAGAUAAGGGUAAACAGGCAUAAUGAAGAUAGAGAUGGGGAUGAUAACGCGGAUAAUGAAGAUGACAAUGAUGAUGAUGACAAAGAAGAUGAUAAUGACGAUGAUGAAAUUAUAGGGAAGAAAGGUCCGAGGUCGGGAAGAGAGAUUGAUAUUAUUGACAACACAGAAUGCAAGUUUAACGUUAAUUCCUUCAAGCUCGUCUAUGUGAUCAAUAGUGAGAGCUACCUGUACAAGCGCAUGGCCUUGAAGCGGGCAAGGGAGUCCCACAAGGACCUGUCUCUAAAGCUGCAUGGCAAAUUCAGUGCAUGGGUGGACAAGUGGAAAAAAGCUCAUGUGACUCGGGAGCAGGAAACAAAAUGUUCCAAAUGGCUGAAUGGAGAUUCUGGCAACAAUCGACCCUGCAUCACGACCAAGGGGGACAUUGACGUGACAGAUAAGUCGCCAUAUUACAAGUACACAAAGUAUCGAGUGAAGUUUCUGAAAGAUCCAGAAUCAGAAUUGGAAUGAAUUGAACAAAAACUGUUGCAUUGAGGAACAUAUGGAUAUUAAAAAAAGAAAGAAAUUGUUCUGCUGAUGAAACAAGGAAUGACAAAUAUCUGUAAUGAAUAGUUUUCAGAUUGUGUUUUUUUUUCAAUUCACACUACUUUGAAUUUAUAAUUAGUUUUAAAUAUCUGCAGUAUCUUAAAGAGAAGAAUCAAAAUGGUUUACAAGAUGGUUUAAGCUCUACUGUGGUAAAUAUGAAAAGUUAACAGAGUAGCUGGUGACAGAGAGUCUGAUUUUGGUUCAGAAUGGGACAAAAUGGAGGGAUGAAACAUGCUGUACAGUAUGGGACAAAAUGGAGGGAUGAAACAUGCUGUACAGUAUGGGACAAAAUGGAGGGAUGAAACAUGCUGUACAGUAUGGGACAAAAUGGAGGGAUGAAACAUGCUGUACAGUAUGGGACAAAAUGGAGGGAUGAAACAUGCUGUACAGUAUGGGACAAAAUGGAGGGAUGAAACAUGCUGUACAGUAUGGGACAAAAUGGAGGGAUGAAACAUGCUGUACAGUAUGGGACAAAAUGGAGGGAUGAAACAUGCUGUACAGUUUGUUUUGUCUAAGUAAUUUGACAAAGUAGUGUAUUUAUCAACAGAUUCUCAAAAUAUUCACAAAGAAUAGUGUUUAGGAUUUUUUUGUUUUGAUUGACACACUCAAUAAUAUUUAUAGUGCUUUUUUCACCUUUGAAAGGUGCAUAAUUAUGGUGUACAAUAUUUGCAAAAUCUGUCAGCACAUAUUUCCUGUCUUGUAUAUAUGCACCAUUUAGAUGAGGUGAUAUAUAAUUCCGAUUAUUUGGAGGAAAAAUUAUUAUCUGUAGUUUUAAGAGACCAUCGACAGUUGCGUAACUUUUGAAAGCACUCUUCAAGUUCUUUCGUACAUUCUAAAGUAUAGUAUUUUUUUUACAUGCCUUGUGGAAGUUACAUAAAAACAAGGCUAAGAUGAACUUCAUCUGUUGUUUAGGUUUGUGUAUGUUUUUCCGAACAUUCUAACUGUUCUCACAAUUAUCAUAUCAUUAUCAAUGCCAUGUAUUUGCUGCAUAAUCAUUGUCAUAUAUUUAUCAUUUCCAUUACCCAGCAUGAAUUUAUUGGUAGUAUUGACAUUCAGUACUUUACUUGUAUAAUAAUUUCAUUGUUUCUCAUCAUUUUCAUCAUCCCAGAUUUACUUUAUACGAGUAUUUACGCUUCAUAACUAACUAUUAUUCCUUUACCACUCAUCUUCUGUCAAGCAUUAUAAUGUACCUAAAUUACAUUUCCAUAGAAUACUGAUAACAGCUUCUGGCUUUUAAAGGUAAAUGUUGCCACUUCAGGAUUUUAUAAUAGGGCAGUGAAGGUAAAUGAUUUACCAACAGUUUUUAGCAAGGAAAAGCUUGUAAGCAUAUUCAAAUUGUACAUUAACUGGUAAGAAAACGGCUACAAAUCCAACUGUAGCGUCUGUUAGCCAUCUUGUAAGUUUUUUUUGUUAUUACAUGCACACGAAACAUGUAUAUUGCAUAGUAUCAUUCAUAUUCAAUUCAUAGCAUUCAAUGUUUUGUAACUUUUCAUGUAGAGAUUGUAGAAAUAAAGGAUUUGGUUUUGUGCUAAAA